GGCCAGAGGGGGCAGAGCUGAGCCGGCGAGAGCGGAGAAGGGAGAGAGCGAGCAGGCAGGCGAGAGCUCCGCGCCGCACGCCGCCCCGGCCCCCGGCGGGACCCGCCGCCGCCGCCCCGCGCCGGAAGAAAACGAAGGGAGGAGGUGACUGAAGAGGCACUGAGGGAAGGAUCUGAAGGAACAGGUUCACUUCUUAACCAGAGCAAGUGGGAAUUAAAUGGCUGAUAAACAGAUCAGUCUGCCUGCCAAGCUGAUCAAUGGAGGCAUUGCUGGGCUGAUCGGGGUCACCUGCGUCUUUCCCAUCGACCUGGCCAAGACUCGCCUGCAGAACCAGCAGAAUGGCCAACGGAUGUACACCAGCAUGUCUGACUGCCUCCUUAAAACCAUACGCUCCGAGGGCUACUUCGGCAUGUACCGGGGGGCUGCUGUGAACCUGACCCUGGUGACACCAGAGAAGGCCAUCAAACUGGCAGCCAAUGACUUCUUCCGUCAUCACCUCUCCAAAGAUGGGAAGAAGCUGACGCUGCUGCGGGAGAUGCUGGCAGGCUGCGGGGCAGGCACCUGCCAGGUGAUUGUCACCACCCCCAUGGAGAUGCUCAAAAUCCAGUUGCAGGAUGCAGGGAGAAUUGCGGCCCAGAAGAAGCUGAUGGCAGCACAGGCGCAGCUCUCCCCCUCCUCCUCCUCCUCCUCCUCCUCGGCGGCGGCGGCAGGCGCGGCGGAGCCGGCGGUGGAGAGCCGCCCCACGGCCACGCAGCUGACCAGGGAGCUGCUGCGCAGCAAGGGCAUCGCCGGCCUCUACAAGGGCCUGGGGGCCACGCUGCUGAGGGAUGUUCCAUUCUCCAUUGUUUACUUCCCACUCUUUGCAAACCUAAACAAGCUGGGCCAGAAGGACCCCAACACCAAGGCUCCCUUCUACGUCUCCUUCCUCUCGGGCUGCGUGGCAGGCAGCACAGCGGCAGUGGCUGUCAACCCCUGCGACGUGGUCAAAACACGUUUGCAGUCCUUGCAGAGAGGUGUGAACGAGGACACCUACUCAGGAAUCCUGGACUGCACCAAGAAGAUCUGGCAGAGGGAGGGCCCCACGGCCUUCCUGAAGGGAGCCUACUGCCGGGCGCUGGUCAUCGCCCCGCUCUUCGGCAUCGCCCAGGUCGUCUACUUCCUCGGCAUCGCCGAGCUGCUGCUGGACCUGCUGCCCCAGCGCCGCGCCUAGCCCCGCACGCCGCCCCCCGCCUCUGCCUCCUGCCUCCGCAGCGCUGCUCGCACCCCGCCCUGCCCCGCAGCCCUGCCAGCGCUGCCAGAGCCACGGCACACAAAGGCUCCGGGGAGGGGAGCGCCGAAGCGAAGUGGCCUCCAAGAGCAGCAAAAGGAGGGGAGGAGGAGGAGGAGGAGGAGGAGGAGGAGAGUCCCUUUCCUGCCCGGCUCCGGAGCCUGCUCUCUGCCCUCCUUCCGUGGACAAUUCCAACCCUUCCUAGCUCUCUGUUGUUGUUGUUUGGUGUUGGUGGUUUGGGGUUUUUUGCCCUUCCUUUUUGUUUUGGUGGGGUUUAAGUUGUCAUCCUUAAGGACACCGCCAAGCACAGCCUGGGUUUGCACACCCAGAAGUCUCCUCCCAGCCUUGGGCAAGAAGAAGGAUGGAAAAGGAAGAACCUGAACCCUCCUCUCCAUCCCAGUCCUCCUCUUCCUUCUUGGAGCUGCAGGUGUCCAAGGGGGAGCUGGAGAGAGCAGCUGUGUCCCCUCGGUCCCCUCCUUGCUGCUGCUGGCUCUGGGUCAAGAGUGUGGACUGCCCAGAGGGAGGCAUCUCAAAGGGAGUCAUCUCCUCAGCAGGGGUCACCUCCUCAGAGGGGAUCAUCUCCUCCAUGGGGAUCACCUUCUCCAUGGGGAUCAUCUCCUCAGAGGAAAUCAUCUUCUCAAUGGGGUCAUCUCCUCCAUGGAGGUCAUCUCCUCAAUGGGGUCACCUCCUCAAAGGAUCCUCCAUGGGGGUCAUCUCCUCCAUGGGGGUCAUCUCCUCCAUGGGGUCACCUCCUCAAAGGAUCCUCCACAUGAGUUAUCUCCUCGAUGGGGGUCAUCUCAGAGAGGAUCAUCUCAAUGUGGUCAUCUCCUCCAUGGGAUCAUCUCCUCCACGGGGGUGACCUCCUCAAAGGGAGUCAUCUCCUCCACGGGGGUGACCUGCUCAGCAGGAGUCAUCUCCUGGCUGCUGGAGGUGCAGCAGGGAGGGAGAUGCUGGCUGCAGCAUGGCCCUUAGCCUGGUCGCCUGCUCCCCCUCCCUUCUGCCUUGAACCCAGCUUGUGCCGAGCUGCUCCCCGUGGCCAUCGGAGGCAGCGCCGGGGGGUGGCCGCCGCUGGCUUCAGUUCUAAGGCAAAGGGAGGUGCCAGAGGCAGAGGGGCAGAGCUGAGACCUCUGCUCCCUUAAGGGAACAGCCACUGUGGGAUCACACCAGGAGGCCAAAGCUGCUUCUCUGCUUGGCUGCAGGAGGGAGAGAAACUUGGGAUCAAACUGCUUUUGGUUUGGGGCUUUUUGGGGGUUGUGUUGGUGGGAGGUUUGGGGUGGUUUGUUUUGCUUCUUUGUGGUGUUGCUGUUUUGUUCUUUUGGGGUUGGUUGUUUUUUUAAUGCAGAGGGUUUUGAGGAGGAGAGGAAAAGAAAACCAGACAAGAAGAAACCACUGAACAUUCCUUCAAGCCUGCACAGCCUGAGGUGACAAAGUGGUGGCUGCAGGGACAGACUUAGCUGAUGAAAUCCUUAUUACUUGUGGGGUGGAGUUAUUUUUUUACCCCUCCCCCCCCUCACCCCUAACCUUGCCCCAGGUGCAUGAAGGAGGCUCAAGCUCCCUUGCUGUGGUGCUCAGCCCUCAGGGAGCCAGGCUGGAGACACCUGGUGACAAGCAGGGUUCUCCUUGUCCAUUGCUCUUGGGCCUGUUGGAAAGCAGCUGGGCUGGGGUGGGGGGAAGGAGGAAGAGGAGGAGGUUGCCCAUGCCCUCAGCAAGGAGAGUGUGUGGUUGUGGGGUCAAGUCCUUUGCAUCACCAAACCUCCUCCUGCUCAGGGUGAGGUGGUGGGGGCAAGGGACAAGCUCAACCCCCACCAGCAGGUCUCAGGGGACCUCCCUUCUUCCGUGCUCUCCUGGGCUGUGUGAUUCAUCCUGGCUGCAAGGAUCCUCCAGUGCCCUCCUGGGCAUCCUAGCUGCAAGGAUCUGAGGUGUGAGGUCCACCAACCCAGCCUGACCUUCUUCCCCUCCCCUCCCCUGGUUAUUUAUUCCACUGGGUGCAGAUCCAGCCCCACUUUGGUGUUGAAAUUAAAACUGGUUGAGCUCA